AUGAAAACAAAUAUUAUUUUAGUAAUUAUUUUCAUGCUAAAUACCAAAUGCCUAUGUCAAUUCUAUGCAUUUGAUGAUGACGUACCAUCACUGUCAGAAGCUGAUGAACGAAUAAUAAAUUUGACAUUGUUGACAAAAAAUGUUCUAGAACAUUACCAAAACCCAGACCCUGUAGGAUUACCAGAAGCAAUAGUACCACCAUACUCAGACCCUGAACCUAUACCUGAUAAUGAAACACCUUUGUGGAGUAUGCACAACUCAACAAUGAAAGGUCAUUCAAAAUUCAGACUAAAAAAAUUAUACGUAAAUUUGGUUGAUUUACAGUUAGAAUUUGGAAUAUCAAUUGAUACAUUAGUGGUAGUAGGCAAUUAUUCUUAUUGGAAAAUGUAUGAUGGAUAUUACAAUGUAACACUCAUACAAUUGCAUAUUGACGGUCACUUGAGCUUACAAGUAAGUGAAUCAGGACACCUGGAGACUAAUAAUUUAAAUAUGAAUAUGAACUAUGAUAGUUUGCAUAUGGAUACAGAUAAGUUAAAUAUACCAUUUUAUGACAGUUUUGUUAAUAGUUUUACCCAUUUUGUUGUUCAAACUAUUAAGCCUAUCAUUAUGAAACUGAUUAACGUUAUGAUAAAAGAAGAACUUAAUCAAAAAAUGAAGCACUUUAAACGUUUUCCAAACACAAUACCACCUGUGGAUUUGCUGAUAGCUGAGAGUCGUCAACAAAUAAAGUCAAUGGGAUUUGAUCCAUGGCGUGUAGACGACUUAGUAAAUGCAGUAAAUUUCAAUAUAUUUAGUUUGGAUGUCAACGAAAUAUGGAUAUCGGGACUAUCGAGUAUAUAUAGGUUAGGAGAUAUUCACAUAAGUAUACAGAAUCAAACAAUUAUAUCAGUCAUACAUAUAGGAACUCAGGAACUAAAAGGUCAUUGUCAGUGGAAAAUUGGAGCAGCAGGUGUACUAAAAACCACAGGUGUUUUAAGUUUUUCAAUUGAUUAUAUACAGCUUGAGGCCAAUGUAACUCAGCCAAUGGACACGAGAUUAGCACCAUUUUUAAAUGAGUUUGGUUUAUCAGUGGGAAAUAUUCAAUUACGUAUGGAUGGAGCAGGUACACUUGAUUAUUUAGCUGAGGCACUUGUCAAUAUAUUUCCAAAUAUUUUAAGGAAUAAAAUAGUUGAUGCAAUGGAACUUCCUAUUAAGAAAAGAAUACAAGACUUUUUAGAUAAAGUUGAUGUGCAAGAAAAAAUUGAACAAAGAAUUCCACCAAUAAUAGACAAAAUGAUGGAACAUAAUAUUACAGACAUAUUUAAAGAGAAUGAAAUAUUACAUGAAGAUAUUAACAUUGUUAGUAAGGAAGAUUUUUAG